AUGUCUGCGCUCACCUACUAUCUGCUUCAAAAUCCGCAAGCCUUGCAUCGACUUCAGGAUGAGCUUCGACAUACCUUUCGGCAGCACACUGAGAUCGACGGUGAAUCAACGAAAUCAUUGACGUAUCUAAACGCAGUUAUUGAGGAGGGCAUGCGUGUAUUUGCUCCUGCUCCAUUUGGUCUGCCCAGAGUCAGCCCAGGGGCCGAGGUGACGGGAGAGUGGAUACCAAAAGGGACUGUUAUUUCCACCGCAGCACAUGUAACUUCUCGUGACGAGAGAUGGUUUUACAAAGCCAAGGAAUUCCAUCCAGAGAGAUGGCUAUCUCACGAGCACCAUACUAUGAGCCUGUCUUCUCCAAUGACCGGAAAGAGGCUUCCAAGCCCUUUUCUUUUGGCUCACGAUCCUGCAUUGGCAUUCACCUAUCAUAUAUGGAGAUUCGAAUUUGUGUUGCUAAAUUGGCUUGGAGCUUUGAUUGGAAACAGGUGA